AUGGUUGUUCACUUUUCCCUCCCCUCCAUCAUAUCUGCUGACUCUUCAUCCUUUCUUUUAGAAACCCACCUUUUUUCUCCCUUCUUCUCUUUCCUUCCAUAUUCUCUUUCUUGUUUCUUCUUUAUAUUUUCGUUCCAACUCCGAUUCAAUUUUUCUCACCACCCAUCUUCUAAUCAUUGUCCGUGCUCUCACUUCCUUUUCUUCUUCUUCUUCUUCUUCUUCUUCUUCUUCUUCUUCUUCUUCUUCAGAUCUUUAAUUCCCUCAUGCCAUUUUGUAUUGAUCUCUUGUUCACUGAGUGCGCUUGUAGAAAUUGAACAUUUCACUUUCGUCCUCAUCGCGAUUGUCUGGAGCAUCAGCAGCAAAAAAAUUUAUGACUACAACAUUUUCUUCCUUUUUCUUUCUUUCUUUCUUUCUUUCUUUCUUUCUUUCUUUCUUUCUUUCUUUCUUUCUUUCUUCAUUUCUAUUGCUUGCUUGCUUCCUUUCUUUCUUUCCAUUGCUUUCUUUCUUUCUUUCCAUUGCCUGCUUUCUUUCUUUCUUUUUUUCCAUUGCCUGCUUUCUUUCUGCUGCAUCUAUCUAUCUAUCUAUCUAUCUAUCUAUUCCUGUUCAUAUUUAUUCAUCUAUCAUUGCUUGCUCAUAUCUAGCUAUCUGCCUAUCUUUCUAUCUCAGCCUGUUCGUAUCUAUAUGUCUAUCUAUCUAUCUGUCUGUCUAUCUAUCUAUCUAUUUGUCUAUUUUUAUGUAUUUUUUCUUGGAUAUUACGUUCUUAGUCUCACUUUCAUUCUCUUUAUCACUCCCUCCUUUUAUCUCUCUCUCCUUCGCUUUCUCAUUAUUUCACCCUCUCUGUCUCGCUAUUUUUCUAUACAUGUUAUUAACUCCCAUUCUCUUUCUGUAACUUCCUCUUUCUCUCUUUUAAUGUCUCCCUUUCACACUCUCUUUCUGUCAAUCUCUCUUUCUCUCUUAUACUCGAUUAUUCUCUGA